AUGGCAGCGAUUAUCGAUAGUAAGUUGUCUUGCCCUGACCACGAAGAAGCGGAUACAAAGAUAGCACUUCUUGCUUGCCAACAAAAAGAAGAUUCUACUAUUACUAUUAGAACAUCGGAUACUGAUAUUUUGGUGAUCAUGUUGGUAAAUAUGGAACACCUGCAAGCAACAGUAGAAAUCUGGAUGGAUCUUGGAAUUGGCAAUGCAUGCCGAUACAUCGAUGUAUCCGCUCUCUACAAUAAACUUGGCCCAAAAAUUUUCAAGGCACUUCCAGGUUUGCAUGCAUUCACUGGUUGCUAUUUCAACCCAGCAUUUUACCGACGAGGGAAAAAACCUUUACAGUUUCUGAUGACUUCUGAAACUUUUCAAAAUGCAUUUCUGGGUUUGGGAUCAAAGGAGCACAAUGUGCAGGAUUCGUUUCACAUUAUACAGUCUUAUACUUGCCACCUGUACGGGUUAAAGAAGUUAAGUGAUAUAAAUCAAGCCAGAAUUGUUGUCUUCAAUAAGACGUUCAAGGUGAAAAACAAAUCUCAACCCUUCUCCUAG